AUGAUUUGUUUUACAGAGAAAAGGAGUACUAGCCCAUCUCCAAGCAUACCACCAAUCUCCAGGGAACAGGCUUUGAUGGAAUCUUUCUUCCAUGCUCUUAGCCAAUUUGCUUUUGACAAAGCUAAAGACCAAGUGGUUAGUCAAUUCAUAUUGAUUCAGUAUGCUACUGUAUCAUAUAAUAAUGUAUUAUAAUAGCCACCUUGUAUAGCUUAGCUCUGCCGAGUGGGAGCUCAUGGUUCCAAACCCACAUCUACACUGUCAACCUGUACACUGACCAGGCUUUUUACAGUGCUGGCACUCAAAACCGUGACACUUGGAUAAAGAAGAUUGUCCAAUCUCAACAUUAAUUUUUCUGAAAACAAAAGAUUCUCUUGAGUUUUUUUGCAAGCAGACCAACAAAAUUUAAGGUUCAACUAUGCAACCAGUGAAAACUUUUUUUAUAAUAAAACUGUUUGAACCUCAAAUUAAAUGAAUGUUAUUUGUAAGGUUGUUGAGAAACUUGAGAAUCCUUUUGUUUUCAGAAAACAUUGUAAUUGGAUAAUCUUCUUCCAAUUGUCCUGGUUUGAGCGUCUUUACCGUAAAAAUUUCUGGUAUAUAGUGCUAAAUGAUUAUGAGUAUGAUCAAUAAAUAUAUAUGUAUUCGCUUUAUACUUUAAGCUCUUAAAAGCGGCAUUGAUUCUCACACAUAUGUAUAGGCCACACCCUUAUAUAGGCCUUAUCCUAAAUGUUGACCAUAAUUUAAUAUUACUGGUAAUAUUAAUUAAUUUCCUCAAGGUCAGAUGAUUUCAUCAUAAUAUUAUAGAGUGUUUUCACUCACGUGGCCAGCAUAUAUGCAAAUUUAUUGAAACAAAAGAGAGCGUUUACAUAAGAAAAGAGUUCAACUCCCACAGGACUGGUUUGGGACACCAACAUGGCCGCCGUUUCAUUGUUUUGGGACACCAAUAUGGCCGCCGUGACGUCAUGUGAAAACACUCUAUUGGGAAAAGACUAUUAGAAUUUUUGAGAAUGGGACUGGUAUGGGCCCAUACAUGUAUAUGGUUAUUUUGUUCAUUAAAGCUUUUAUGGCAUCCAUGCCAAGUCUGGCAAAGCCAGUAAAUUAUUGAAAACCUAUAAGUUACAUGUAGUGCUCAAUGAAAAGGGCUGUCAACUAAAGGCUGGAGUCCAAGGAUUUUCACCAGCUACUGUACCAUGUGCCCAGGGGUUUAGCGUCCAUAUAUACCCUUACACCCAUGCGUACAUGUGUAACUAAAAUGUGGGGAAAAAUAUUUUAUAUUUCCUGAAAAAGCAUCUUUUUUAUCAUUAAAUCGCGAUGACUGAUACAUCUUUUGCACUAUAUUGUGUUUGUGUUAGUAAUUUCUUUUUUCCUUUUACUACCAUAAUUCUGACAGCCAUCACUGGCAUUUUUUCCAUAAACUGUAUACAUUAUUGAAAACACUAGAGAUGGGUGAAAAAAAAACAAGUUUUACACUUUCCUGCCUAUAAAUUUACUGAAAAUGUCCUGGAGAAAAGGCUGGAAAUGGCAUUUCUGAAACCCUACUGUAAAAUUUUCUGGGAGAGCAUGCCCCCAGACCCCCCCUCUAGGUUGGGCCACCUUUGGCACUAUAACUUUUCUCCCCACAUGAGUACACCUUUAAAGUCUCACACUAUGCCCCCUGGAGCCUGAUAACUGGAAAACAGAGUAACAGUGAGUUCAAUUCCCUGCCUACUUAUUGCAUAAGUCCAGCAACUUUGAACCUCCGAAAAUAGUGACAAAAUGUCACAGGUGUUAGCAAAUCCUGAAAGUAGCGAUCCUCCUGAUAAUAACCACCCUCCGAAAGUAGAGACUUAAAAAAUAAUUUCCCUUUUUGCAGAAAAUAACAGAUAUGAUAGAUAUCAUGAACAAAUUAAAUGCCACACUGAUCUGAGGUUUAUUAAUGAUGAUAAUUUGACAUUCCUGUUCAUAACCCUUAAAGUUCAGGAUAUGCAUCACUUUUCACAUUUCACAUUUUUCGCGAUUUUAUUUUCUAAAGUGCCCAUGUGGAGUACACGUUUUAGCAAUCCUAAAGUUACGAUCCCCCAAGAGUAGCAAGCCUCCGAAAGUAGUGAUAGCAGAAGGGUGCUAAAUCCAAAAUUAACAAGGGUCGUUACUAUCGGAACUUUACAGUACUCAAUGUUAAUGCUGAUUUUGCUUUGCAGGAGAAAGAGAAGGAGACGAAACGGCUACCACUUGUUUCAAGUACUCCGUGGUCAUUAUUACUGCUGUCACUAUCUCACUUGGCUUUGGCAGAGAAGGCUUAUUUUUCUUUACCUUUCAUUGCUAAGAAGUUCUUCAGAAAAGAUGUAUGUUUGAAUUAUUGAAAGAUAUUUCUUUGGUGGCCAUUCAUUAUUAUUAUGUUAACUCUUUUACAUCCUAAAUCCUUAUUGUUAUUGUAAUAUAUUAUAUAAUAAGUACUGUUAGCCGGUUAAACUCAGAAAACUCCAUACAAACCCUUCUAAUUUUUUUUGGGUCGACCCAAAAAAAAUUUAGAAGGGUUUGUAUGGGGUUUUCUAAGCAUAACUGGGCUAUGAUCUCAAAGACAAUUUGCCCCGAAAUGCUCAUUUUUGGCAACUAGGCCUCUUGGACAUUGUUCUUUCAGAAUAUCCUGACAAAUCCCAUAAUUUCAGAAAUUUCAUUUUUAUGACAUCACAUUUUAGUACUCUAUGGUAAUUUUUUUAUUGUGUUUUUAAAUAAUAGUAUUAAUGAUAUUGAAAAUUUUAAUAAUGAUGGUACUGAUAACAAUUAUAAUGACAAUAUAAUUAGAUUAUAAAUAUUAACCCAAGGAAUAGGUUACAAAAUACUUGGCAAAAUAAAAACUAUGUUUUAUUACUUUUAAUAUGUAUUAUCUUUUUGUGUACAGUCUGUGCGAGACAGCUUCAAGACUCUAAUAACAGAGUUGAAGAAAAUAGAAGAGACGUCACACACUGCCUCUUCCACAGGGUCCCCAGUUGAAGGAAGUUUGUUGGCAGAGCUGUGCAGACAUUUAAGCCAGUUUGCACAGGCUAGGCAGGAAUUAAUUGACUUGUAUCUUUUAGAACUUAGCUGUGUAUAGGACAGCAACCAAAAAACUAGUGCAUACUUCCCAGUAAAAAAUCAAUAAUAUCUAUUUUUUAUUAUUCUGUUACUACUAGUUUGAUGGAAAGUAGAUCUUUAUUUGUGCAGCAACCUUUAAUUUUCUCAGAAUUUAUACUAGUUGUAAACACCCGUUCAAUUUAAUUGGGACUCGUUCAAUAUAAUUGGGACUAAUUGCUGUUAGCUGUUAUUGCCUGUUAUCAGCCAUUAGAGCCAAUCAGGAUCAAGAUUAUCUUUGGCUAAGAGCUAGUCUAAUGUUAUCAGAUAACAAACCCAUUAGAUCCAAUGGCAAGCUUGUUAGUGAAUAACGGGAUAACAGCUAAUAACAGCUAAUAAUACUUCACCCAUUAUACCCAAUCACAAGAUUGUUAGAGAAUAACGAGAUAAUAUGCUACAUUCCACUAGUGUGAAUUUGACCCGUGAGGUAAAAAUCUAUUUCACGACAAGUCAGUGCAUCAUUCUCGAGUACAUACUAGAAGGUUGCACGCAUAUAUGAACAUUUGAUCCAUUAACUGCCGUGAACUCAUCUAAAACUCUUUUUGGUUUAUUUAUCAUGUUUUUGAAAAACGUCAAAAUUUUACCGUUUUCAAAUAACUGAUAGGCUUUUUAACCCAGCACCUACAAAACAGUGGAAUGUUCAAGAAUAGAACAAGAAAAUCAGAAAAUUACUUUAUGAUCUUUGAAGAAGCGUAGCUCAUAACAAGCAUGCAACUAUCCAACGAUCUCUCGAUAAUAGGUCAGUGAUACAAUAGUUGUAAAUAGGAAACAGAACAAAUCAACACUGCCCAGAGGAAGUUUAUCAGUUAUCAAGUGACAAUUUAGGGGCACCCAACGAGAAUAUUGUUCAAAACCACUUAAACAUAGCAUUGUUAAACGUAUUUUAGUAUUUAAACCGUAGAUAUAGGCAUAGUUUUAUCCCCUAAAAAUUUUUCAUCUGUUCGGAUUUCCUAGCUGAAAGUCUCGUGAUCCGAAAAUCAUAGGGAUCAAAACUUACCUUUCCGAAAAUUUCAGCCAGAAAAAAGGCUCCCGAAAAUUCUAGGUGAGCUUUUUAGGAUAAAAAUCCAUUAAAAAUGGGCAAUUACACCAAUUUUUAGAUGUUCGAGAAUCCUAGGAGAGGUAGGCAAGCAAGAAAUUUUGCAAAAAAUCUUCUGAAAAUUCUAGAUCUCAAAUCGUCUUCCGAACAGAUAUUUUCCGAAAAUUGACGUUGGGUUGAUAACUGAUAAACUUCCUCUGGGCAGUGUUGAUUUGUUCUGUUUCCUAUUCACAACUAUUGUAUCACUGACCUAUUAUCGAGAGAUCAUUGGAUAGUUGCAUGGUUGUUAUGAGCUACGCUUCUUCAAAGAUCACAAAGUAAUUUUCUGAUUUUCUUGUUCUAUUCUUGAACAUUCCACUGUUUCGUAGGUGCUGGGUAAAAAAGCCUAUUGGUUAUUUGAAAACGGUAAAAUUUUGACGUUUUUCAAAAACAUGAUAAAUAAACCAAAAAGAGUUUUAGAUGAGUUCACGGCAGCUAAUGGAUCAAAUGUGCAUAUAUGCGUGCAACCUUCCAGUAUGUACUCGAGAAUGAUGCACUGACUUGUCAUGAAAUAGAUUUUUACCUCACGGGUCAAAUUCACACUUGUGGAGUGUAGCAUAUUAUCUCGUUAUUCUCUAACAAACUUGUGAUUGGGUAUAAUGGGUGAAGUAUUAUUAGCUGUUAUUAGCUGUUAUCCCGUUAUUCACUAACAAGCUCGCCAUUUGAUCUAAUGGGUUUGUUAUCUGAUAACAUUAGACUAGCUCUUAGCCAAAGAUAAUCUUGAUCCUGAUUGGCUCUAAUGGCUGAUAACAGGCAAUAACAGCUAACAUCAAUUAGUCCCAAUUAUAUUGAACGAGUCCCAAUUAAAUUGAAUGGGUGUUUGUAACAGAGUAUUGCAGCA